UCCAUUUGUUUUGCGGUCUUGCUCAAGUCACCUGGGGAAAGAACCAAACCAUGGAGGAAUCGAAAGAUGAGAUCAUAGCUCCUCUCAUACCUAAGGAUGAGAAGGAUAGAGAUGUUAGCAAUCCCUCCUCCUCCUCAUCAUCGCGGGCCAUGGCAUCAAAAUCUGAGGUUAAAGAAAUGCAAGAAGAAGAGGAGAACUCACCCGUUAGACAGGUGGCCUUAACCGUACCAACCACCGACGACCCUUCUCUACCAGUCCUCACAUUUCGAAUGUGGGUCUUAGGCACCAUCUCGUGUGUCCUCUUAUCAUUUCUUAACCAGUUCUUUUGGUACCGAACAGAGCCCUUGACAAUCACGGCCAUCUCUGCCCAGAUUGCCGUGGUUCCUCUUGGCCAAUUGAUGGCCGCCAAAAUUACUGACCGCGUUUUCUUCAAAGGAACUCGCUGGGAAUUCAGCUUGAAUCCAGGGCCCUUCAAUGUCAAAGAACAUGUUCUUAUAACAAUCUUUGCCAACUCUGGAGCUGGCAGCGUUUAUGCCAUUCAUGUUGUGACUGUUGUUAAAGUGUUCUAUAAGAAGCACAUUACUUUCUUUGUCUCCUUGAUUGUUAUCAUAACGACUCAGGUGCUGGGGUUCGGAUGGGCUGGUAUAUUCAGGAGGUACCUAGUGGAACCAGCAGCUAUGUGGUGGCCUGCAAACCUUGUUCAAGUUUCUCUCUUCAGGGCUCUGCACGAGAAGGAAGAGAGGGCAAAGGGUGGGGUAACGAGAACCCAAUUCUUCCUAAUUGCCCUCAUUUGCAGUUUUGCUUACUACGUCUUCCCAGGCUACCUCUUCCAAAUGCUAACUUCCCUCUCGUGGAUAUGCUGGAUAUUCCCAAAAUCAGUGCUAGCCCAACAACUCGGUUCAGGCCUUUAUGGGCUAGGAAUAGGUGCUAUUGGGCUCGACUGGUCCACUAUCUCCUCAUAUCUUGGUAGCCCUCUUGCAAGCCCAUGGUUUGCCACAGCAAAUGUGGCUGCGGGAUUUAUCCUUAUCAUGUAUGUUUUGACUCCCAUCACCUACUGGCUUAAUGUCUACAAUGCAAAGACCUUCCCCAUAUUCUCCGAUGCUCUCUUCACGUCGACAGGUCAAGAAUACAAUAUCACAGCUAUCAUUGAUUCGAAUUUUCACCUUGACAUCGCGGCUUAUGAAAAAGAAGGACCUCUAUACCUUAGCACAUUUUUUGCAAUGACAUAUGGUGUCGGUUUUGCUGCACUAACUGCUACGAUCGUUCAUGUUGCGCUAUUCCACGGAAGAGAAAUAUGGGAGCAAAGCAAAGCUAGUUUCCAGGAGAAAAAAAUGGACGUACACACCAGACUCAUGAGGAAGUAUAAGCAAGUCCCUGAGUGGUGGUUUGUGUGCAUCCUUUUGGUAAACAUUGCUGCCACCAUAUUAGCCUGCGAGUAUUACAAUGACCAACUUCAGCUGCCAUGGUGGGGAGUUCUACUAGCAUGUGGCAUUGCCAUUGUAUUUACACUUCCGAUUGGCAUCAUUACAGCCAUCACAAACCAGACACCAGGCCUUAACAUCAUUACAGAAUAUAUAAUUGGGUAUAUAUAUCCAGGAUAUCCGGUUGCUAAUAUGUGUUUCAAGGUGUAUGGAUACAUAAGCAUGACACAGGCUGUUACCUUCCUGCAAGACUUCAAGCUUGGUCACUAUAUGAAAAUUCCGCCCAGAACAAUGUUCAUGGCUCAGGUCGUAGGCACCCUCAUUGCUUGCUUUGUGUACCUGGGAACUGCCUGGUGGCUAAUGGAAACCAUCCCUGAUAUUUGUGACACGACAGCCUCCAACAGCGUCUGGACUUGUCCAAGCGAUACUGUGUUCUAUGAUGCGUCUGUUAUCUGGGGUUUAGUAGCGCCUCGCAGAAUUUUCGGAGACUUGGGAACUUAUGAGGCGAUCAAUUGGUUCUUCCUUGCAGGAGCAAUUGCUCCUCUUCUUGUCUGGUUGGCCACCAAGGCCUUCCCUCAUCAAGAGUGGAUCAAGCUCAUUAACAUGCCAGUCCUGAUAGGUGCCACAGGGAUGAUGCCACCAGCCACUGCAGUUAACUAUACUACGUGGAUUAUUGUUGGCUUUCUCUCUGGCUUUGUUGUUUAUAGGUAUCGACCCGAUUUGUGGCAACGAUACAAUUAUGUUCUUUCUGGGUCAUUGGAUGCAGGCCUUGCUUUUAUGGGUGUGCUGAUAUAUUUGUGCUUGGGACUAGAAAAUAUUAGUCUAGAUUGGUGGGGAAAUGAUCUUGAUGGAUGCCCUCUGGCUAGCUGUCCAACAGCCAAAGGUAUUGAGGUUGAAGGCUGCCCAGUGUACACCUAGAGUUUGUUGCUUUGUAGAAGUAAAUGUUGAAAAAUAUGCAUCUAGGUUAGUAGGAAAUUGCAGAUGAACGCAUCUGUAUAUAUAUUGCAUUUCAGAAGGAAUUCCAGUGCUCUUGGACAUGAAAUUCAAGUCAGAUUUCUUGCCACAAAAGCAACCAUACUUGGAAUUGUAAUCAUAAUUUCCAUUUAUCCGUACAAUUUGGAUUUUACAAGUUUCACAGCCAUAUUAGUUGAGUACUUCUUGUCAUAAUUUGGAUUUGCAAUUUUUCAUA